UUAACGUCAAGUUGUGGUAGUAAAUACUGAGAACCAAGAUAUUGUAAGAAACUCCUGAGCCAGCUUUCGAUCCAUAUCUAUCGUUUUCAGUUUUGAAGGUAUUGGUUCACCCGUAAUCAAGUCACCAUUUGACUGCGAGAAACCUGCGAAAAAAACAGGGACUCAACAGAAUCUGAUGGUGGAACCAAACAUGGCGGCUGGACAGAAUGUGCCAGAACUUGGCGGAUAUGACUACGAGCUGACAGGCAAAGUUCCUGAUUAUCUUGAAUGUCUUGUGUGUCAGUUACCGAUGAGGGAUCCAGUACAGAUUGUUCCAUGUGGGCACAGGCUUUGUGACAUCUGUAAAGAAUCACUGUUUAGAGAGUCUUCGCCAUUGUGUCCGGCAGACAGGCAGCCAUUGUCACGCGACCAGAUAUUUCCCGACACUGCUUGUCGUCGCGAAAUUAUGAAUCUGAUUGUGAAAUGUUCUCAUUUUGGAUGUCCAUGGACCGGAGAACUUCGCGCAGUAGAGACGCAUCAAUCAGAAUGCCUGUUAAAAGUGGUACAGUGUCCAAACUUAGGAUGUACAGUGCAAGUUACUGGGAGAAAUAUGGCAACACACGUGACAUCUGAAUGUUCUUGGAGGAAAAUAAAUUGUGAAUAUUGUCAAAAUUUAUUGGUCUUUAAUCAACGAAAGAAACAUUUCAAUGUUUGCAAAAAGUUUCCUGUGCAGUGUACCAACAAGUGUGGCAUAAAAGAGAUUCCACGAGAUGAGCUGGAAUUUCACAUUGACGUGGAAUGUCCUGCAACUGUGGUUCGUUGCGAAUUCAACAAAUUGGGAUGCCACGCAAAGUUCCCAAGAUUGGAGACUAAACCUCACUCGGAAACACAACUUGAACAUCACUUAAACUUGGCCCUUCACAGUCUUGAGACCACUCAGCAUCAGGUUAAGGAUCAGUCAGAGCAGAUUAAACAACUGAUCGCCAAAGAUAAAGAUAAUUCACAGCAGAUUGAACGACUGAUGGCCAAAGAUAAAGAUAAUUCACAGCAGAUUGAACGACUGAUGGCCAAAGAUAGAGGCAAUUCACAGCAGAUUGAACGACUGACUACUCAGGUCAAACUUCAAGAUCAACAUAUAAAGUGCCUGAACAGUCCUUCAUUUGUGUGGAAAAUUUCUAAUUUCUGGGCUGCUUAUCAAAGAGCAGUGACUGGAAUGGAAAACAUCAUAACAAGUACAUUUUAUCUUUCCUCAAAUGGGUACAAAUUAAGAAUCAAAGUUUUGUCUAAUGCCUAUAUGAUGGGGUGGCCCUUUAACGAUUUGGUCUCGUGUACAAGAUCCUUUUCUCUUUAUAUUUGCGUUAUUCCAGGAGAAUUUGAUCCGCUAUUAUCUUGGCCAUUCAAGGAAAAGAUACGAGUAACGUUGUUUGAUCAAAACCCGUGUAGAGAUGAGAAGAAAGAUAUAUGGCGCGUAACUGACUUUGAAAGCUUAGCUAGGCCCAUAUUAAGGCCUCAUUCUGAAGCUGACGCGAAUUGGCAUGCCGUUCUUGGCCCCUUUUCUGAGGAGAUGUUACAAUCUGCAUCUUAUAUACUAAACGAUACAAUUUUCAUAAUGGUGAAAAAAGAGUGGAACUCAAGUACGUGAAACGACUGUGCAUAGCACGAAUUCCUCUUGAGGUUUCAUUUUGGUGACUCCCUUGUUACGCAUUAUCCAUCCAUGUUACACAUUAGUUGUACGCGACCUCGUUUACUUCCCUUUAUGAGUUAUUUAAAGUAACUAAAAUUAUAAAAAAUAAUAUCUAUCUCG